CGCCCACUCCUCCAUACAUCCCCCUCCAAUUUCACCGAUCCACCCCCCAUGGACUAUUCUGCUGAUGCCGGCGGCGCCUCGCCCUGGGCUUCCUCGCCUCAGCCCACCCGCACCACAUUCGGCUCCAUUAGCGACAUCUCUUCCGAGCCCCUCCCGCCCCAGUCGCCUUAUGGCGGAGAACAGCAGCCCUUUGCCGACCAGCCCAGCGCCUCGCAAUCGCACCACGACGCCGACCAUUCCGAGCCGCAGCCGUGGGGCCAGUCGCAAGACCAGCAGCCCCCCAGCCCCGACCAACACCACCAUCAUCACCACCACCCCCAGCAGCAACGGCAGGAACCCAACCGUUACCAUGGCCAACGUCCGCGCCAGAACAUCCCCCAGUACAAGCUGCAGGCCAAAGUGACGGGUCUCGAGCGCACCGGCCGGAAAGACCCUAUCCUGCGCUUCGACGUAUACACCAACCUCCCCAAGUUCCGAACCACCCAAUUCCGCGAUGUCAGGCGUCUGCACUCCGAGUUCGAGAAGCUGGCCCAGCACUUAAUAUCCGCGAACCCCGAGGCGUUUGUGCCGGCCGUGCCCCCACCUGUGACGUCUGCGGGCGUCGGCACCGACGAGGAUGAGGGCCGCGUCAAGACCUCGAUCCAGAAGUGGCUGAACGCCGUCUGCGGCAACGACGUGCUGAUGCGCGACGAGGAGAUGGUCUUCUUUGUGGAGAGCGACUUUGGCUACAGCCCCGUCGUUCGGCGCAAGCAGCCGGCGACGGGCGUGCGGAGGAAGUAUCUCAAGCAGUUUGCGCCACCGCCAGACGACACGCCCGAACUUUUCGAGGCUAGGCCCGUCGUCAAGCUGUUCUAUCUGCAUACGAUGGAAGCUGGACAAAAGGUCGAUAAAGUUGUCAAGUCCCGCAGGGCCCUCGGCCUCGCCGAAGCCGACUUGGGCGUCAAGCUCGGCCAAAUGCACAUCCAGGAGACGCACGUCGGCCUCUCCAAUGCCUACCGCCGGAUGGGCAAGGUGAUCCAAGCCGUCGGCGACUACCACGCGGCCCAAGGCACAGCCGAAGCAACCACGCUCGGCGACCCGCUCAAAUACCACAGCGACGACGCCUUCAUUGUCAAGGAAACGCUGACAAACCGCCACAUCCUGCUGCGGGAGCUACUGCACGCGCAGCAGACGACGCGCUCCAAGCUCGCUGCCGCCGACAGACUGAAAGCGUCGUCCUCGGUGCGACGCGACAAAGUAGACGAAGCAAUCACAUCCCUCGACGAAGCCCGCAACCAAGAACAAUACCUGGGGCAGAAAUGCACGCGCGUAACCACGCACCUCACGUCGGAGCGGCGCAAAUGGUUCGAGCGCACAGCGACGGACCUGCGCGCCGCGCUCCGCGACUAUGUAGUGCGACAAAUCGAAGCAGAGCGGCGCACGCUGGCGACGCUGGAGCAAGUCCGCCCGGACAUCCGCGCCAUCGACGCGUCGGGCGGCCUGUCGCGGCUGGGACGGGAGACGCACCCGGCGGGGCGGCGCGCCAGCCUCGCCAGCAGCCAGGGCCCCAAGGGCGAUGCGUGGAGCGGGGUGCCGCGGCGCGCGGACAGCCUGAGCCGCAGCAUCAGCGGCGGCUUCGUCGCGCCCGUCGUACCGGAGGAGGGCGACGCUAGCUCGGACGAGGAGGUGCUGCAUCCGGUGAAGAAGAGGACGGCGAGCUUGACUGGCGUGAGCGAGGAGGAUGACGAUAGGAUUGAUGCGAGGAAUGCGGCGUCGAGGUUGGCGCAGACGACGUUUUAGUAAGUGUGUGUGGUUGUGGUUGUGGGAGAAAGAGAGAGGG